AUGCGCCUCUCAAUCUUGUUGACAGCCUCGAUGGCUAUCUUCAUCUCAUCGACCGUGGCUUUCCAAUUCCCCCAUCUAUCUUUGCUUUCGAAGCGCGCGGAUAUAACCCCCGGCUCCCCGUUAUACAAUUGCCACGAAGCAUGCGGAGAAGUAAUCCUCAUCUCUCAAACAACAGAUUACUGCUCAAACUCGACCUACACGACCGAUCUCAGCUCUUGCUUGGAUUGUGCUCUCACUUAUAAAAUUUGGCAGUACUAUGGAGAUGAUGUCAAGUCAGCAGCGAAAACAUGUAGCGACGAUGCUACUCCCAGUGCUUCUUCCGCUGCGUCAGGCUCUAGUGCUACUGCUACUGCUACUGCCCCUGAUACUGAUUCUGCCACUGGUUCUGCUACUACCAGCACAUCUUCCGCUGUAGCUGAGACCGCUUCCACUACGGCUAGCUCGACGAACACUGCGACGGGAACAGCAGCUUCCGCUUCAGCCAGCACAGGUGCUGCUUCAUCUUUUGGAAAGAAUACUGUUCGUUCUGUUCUGAUGGGGGCUCUUGCGUGGGCAGUCUUGCUGUAA